AUGGCAAAGACAGAUCUUCGUGACUGGAUUGUACAACUUCACUUGGCUUACAGAAAUUCUUCAAAACAAAGGAGGUUUAGUUACAAACGAAAUGCGCAAAAAAUAAGCCAAAAAAGGCUGCAGUCGGUGCAAAAGUCUCAAAUAUCCAAUGCGCCAAAGGUGGACCUUAAACUUCCUAGCAGGUUUUCACAGCUUCCUAUUGCAAAUCUGCAAGGAUUACUGAUACAGGACAUCCGCGAAGACAAGCCAAAACAACUCCAGUUAUGUGUACCAGAGCUUACAAGCGGUAGUCAUAUGGUGGAAGACUGGGAAGAGGUUUCAGGUUUAUUCAAAAAUUCAGUAUGUCGCGAAUACAAGACGAAUGGUGAUCUAAAAGGUCCCGCAUUCUGUGAAUACACAACAGAACGUGUAUAUGGUAACAAUCGCGCAAGUUGGAAAACAAGAUUAAAUUUCCCCUUGAAAAACGAAGGCGACCCUGCCGAAACAAUCGAAAUUUUAUGGCCACCUCUAGAAUUCUCUUUCUGCUGCAGGGCAAUUGGGACCAGCCAUGGAACAAUCAUUAAAUUGCAGCAAAAAGGUGUCAACGUCUUCCGUCAUCCUCUAACAGGUGAUAAGUUACCUAUUCUAGAAAUUGAUUCUCUACCGUUGAACGCAUCGGCUAUUGCCCUUGCUCCUGCUUUGGAAGGAAGCGACAGCAAAUAUUUUAAAGGCGCUUUGUUGGCAUAUUCUAUAAUUCCAUCGCGCCUGUGUUCUGAAGCUGAGAUUUGCCAACUUAAAAGCUUGUGCGUUGACACUGAAAGUGUGAGACGUCCGAGUGUGGUGGAGGCAAUUAGCCCAAAGGUCGCCGAUGGGUUUAAAAGUGAUAUUCGAAGCGUUUCAAGGCUCUUGAGGGCACUUUCAUCUGGAAGUUUGUUCAAUCCCGGCCUGUCAACAAGAAGUCAAAUGUGCUCACCUGAUAUCCUGAGAGCAACUGUAAUGUCUAACAGAAUUUGCGAUAGCCAACUCAAAGAAGAAUACUGUAAAGCUACAGUGCUUUACAACCUUUACGAAAAUGCACAAAGGAUACAGAAACGCUUGAUAAGCGAAAAUAAAUUGACACAUGAAGUUUACCUAAGUCUUUGGGAUGAACUUAUAUUGUUACGUCUUGAAGAACUCAAUAAACUGACUUUGGUGGAAGAUUUGAAUACAAUGAUUAGAGGUAAGACUAAAUUCGAUGAGUUUUUAUUGGACCUAAACUUGUAUAACACGAUUGUUAACGCGGAGCUCCGAGGUAAGAUGAAGCCUAAUGGGCACCAAAAAAACGACCGCCAACAAGCUAUUCUUUACGUGCUUAGUAUUGUUUUGACACAGUGCAAGAGUUUGAAGAACAUUUAUCCUUCUCUUUCAUUUGUUUUCAGAGAGCUAGAAGUCUUUGCUAGAGAAGUCAAAAUUUUCAAAAGAACCGGAAACAUAGAGAGUGCUCAGGAAAUGUUUGCCACUGCUAACGCCAUUGUAGAAUUAGAUAAUAUCGCUACAGCAAAGCAAGAACCGCUUAAAAAUCAUAGAAUUAUCCUUUUGGCUAAAUCCCGGGUUCCUUCAGAUUUAGCGCGGGUUUACCAGUUCCUAUCGAAAGUCGAAGUUCAAAUCACCGACAACUUGGAUGCAGCUAAAGAAAUUAGACAUUCAGAGUGUGUGUCCAAGAAACUGAUUCGUCACGACACAUACUGUUAUUUGUAUCUAAGAAAGGAACACGCCGUUGAUGUCCAAAAGCUGUUAAGGACACUUGGAAAGUCAGGUCAAUAUUAA